AUGUUAUCAGUAUGUAAAGACCUUGGUGUCCCUAUUGCACCAGACAAACUAGAGGGUCCUACAACUGUACUAACAUUCUUAGGCAUUGAACUAGACACUGUGAACAUGGUUAUGCGAUUGCCAACUAACAAACUGUGUGAUAUAAACCAUAUCACCCAGAAAUGGGCUUCCAUAACAGUAUGCACCAAACGUGAACUAUUGUCCUUAAUCGGCACACUCAGUUUUGCAUGUAAAUGUGUACCAGCUGGGCGAAUCUUCUUGACACGUAUGAUCGACCUGGCAUCUACAGCUGCCUCACUCCAUCACAAGAUGAAGUUGUCAUUGACACUUGGUUGUGGUGGUUACUUCAAUGGCGAAUGGUUUUCCUCAUCCUGGGAAAAAAUACUAUCAACCAAUAGUCCUGAACUCUCCAUUGCAUGGAAAGAGUUGCUCCCUAUUUUGCUAGCCUGCUUAAUUUGGGGUAAUUCAUGGUUUGGUAAACGUGUCAUGUUCCAUUGCAAUAAUGAGAGUGUGGUACACAUCUGGAGUAAGGGAUCCACACGUUGUCCAUACAUCAUGACUUUAGUAUGGGCAAUCUUCUUCAAGGCUGCAAAAUCAAAUUUCCAUGUCAUGGUCACCCAUAUCAGAGGUACUAAUAACAAUGUUGCUGAUGCUUUGUCUCGUCUACAGAUCCAAAGGUUUCGUCAGAUCGCACCAGAAGCAGCGAAACAACCAGUCAGCAUCCAAGAGUACACCAACUACAUCCACAAGCUUGUGCUGUAG